AUGUUUUAUAAACAGUGGGAUGAGCUCUCUGCUAAACUCAAUAGUAGUUUUAAUAGUAAAAAAUCAAUAAUGGAACUAGCCCAGCAAUUUUACGAACUUGGGAAAAGGCAAGAUAUCGAAAAUCCUUUUGAGCAAGGGAUGAUUGCCUUAGCAACCUUUGGUGAAAUGCAAUGCUAUGAAAAACUCCAAGAUAAGCAAAAUACUAUUCAAACAGCAAUCACAGCAGCAAGAUUAUUCAUAAAAUCUGCCACAUUCAAUUAUGAAGUUUCUAGAACUAUCAGAGAUCUUUGGUCAGAUCCACUUGCUGAUGGUAUUCAUUGUUUUAGAGUAGCAUAUAAAACUUUAAUCUUAGAUGGCAAGCCAAAUCUUGCAGUUGCCAUUCUACUCGAACUUGCUAAGACAGAGUCAUACUUUGAAUAUCAUCAUUAUGCAGGAAAUACAUACGAAGAGGUAAUACAAUUAUGUAUUGACAAAAAUCUCAGACCGCGAGCUAUUGUUGACUCUACAUUUUCUUGCGUUUUAUCAUACGUUAAAGCAGAGCGAUACGAUUUAGGUUUAAUUGCCGUAACAAAAACAAUCGAAAAAUUAAAACAAACUUUUCAACAAAUUAUAUCAUCUUCGCCACUUAUGAGGCAACAAUUUGAUUACCUACUCAUAUUGCGUGGGCAAAUGCUUUUCUGCAACAAUAAAAACGAAGAAUGCCUACAAUUCUUAGAUGAAGAGAAAUUUGAUUCAAAAGUUCGAGAAUUCUUUGCCAAAUUCUUAUCUCAAGCAAAUCUUAAAAAUGUUGAAUCAAUGGAGCAAUUUAUUGGCGAAUCAAAGAAUUUACAUGUAUUUAACGAUGUUAACUUUGAAAUUUUUAAUAUAUAUAAGGAUAGAAUUUCAAAGCCAGAGCGCCACUAA